CUGUGACCAGAGGAGACGAGACAUGAAGCGAGCGUCCAUGCCUGUGGACGUUUCUUUUGAGAUGUUGCCAAAGACGUUUUCUGCAACAGCAACCAGCCCUUUAAACUAUUCUGUAACUUAAACUUUGUUGGACAACUGGUACUGAACACUCCAGACAUCUUUGACUCUGUCUUCAAGAAAGGAGUUGCCGGAGAUUAAAUUACUUCAGGGGACGAGAAUCCACCACAAGCACAAGGCUGAUCUCCAUACCCCUCCACCCCACUCCAGUAUUUAGUUAAAACUCGGGCUGGUUAGGGUCACUAAGUCAGUAAUGGAUGGUGAUCAAGAACUGACUGCAAGUCAGGCUUUGGUUCAGUUCAGAGCCGAUGUGCACGCCGCUGUGAAAGAAGUGCACGUGGAUGUGAGUGCAUUCAAAAAGCGCAUAGAGCAGAAAGUAGAGGACAUGUGCGUUUCUCACAGACCCUUGGCUGAGGCAGUGACAAGGCUCCAGGAGGAGAACCAACAGCUCAGAGGGAUGCUGGAGGCGCUCAGUCGCUUGGUGGAAGGUCUCACUGGGGUCAAGCUUCAAAGGAGUUCAAGUGAGGUGACGGAGGCUGAAAAAAGUUCACAGAAAGUGCAAACAACGAUCCAGUCCAAGAAACAGGAAGACCAGAAUGGUCUGGUUCACCUUGAAGACUCACAGUCGUUGUCCACAUGCCAUCCUGCUGCUUCUUCCAGCAGCAGCUCAGUCCCUCCAUGGAGGGCAAAGAGACAUGCCGAGACCAACGGUAUUGAGUCAAAGGGAGAGAAACAUGCUGCCCACAUUACGAGCACUGGACAACAGGAUCACAGUCACAAACAGCAAGAGAGCUCAUCGGUGGACAAGGCUCAAAACGCUGAAACUGCUCCACCAUCCCACAGGCCGCUGACUGCCAUCACCAAGUCCAGCCUCGAGUCUUCAGCCACAUCGAGCUCUCUUCAGCAUGCUGUUGACUCCCAGAAAUCAGAUGACAUCAGUGAAGCCAAGUCCCACCUGCCUUUGUCUGUGGUGGCCAAAGCCAAUACUGAGUCUUCAUUGCCUGCUGCAGCAGUUCAGAGGUCUUCAUCAAUACUUGAGGAACCUGCUGUAAAACCUGGAGAGUAUCCCUUUAAGCGAGUGCCAGUUCUCAAGACACACAGUCCCAUUCUGAAGAGGAGCGUGAGCUUUCCUCAGUCUGCAGAAAAAUUGCUUCCUUCUAAAUCAAUCAUCAAAUCUGGUUUUUCGCCGAACUUGGACAGGAAGGCAAAGACGGGUGGCGUGGCGGCAGGCAGCACGGCCGUAGGUGGCGCGGCGGCAGGCAGCACGGCUGUAGGUAGCACGGCGGCAGGCAGGACAGCGGCUGGCAGCGUGAUGGCAGAGCAGCAGGAUGUGCUGAAAUCAAAUGCACUGCCACGUUCUACUCAGGCCAAGCGAGCUCUGUUUGAGAGAAUGAACACAGUCCCGAGCAUACCAACGCUGUCCAAACCAAAGCUGAAGCGCUCUCAGAGUGUUGGCGUGUGCAGCGCCAGUGGUAUCAAACAGAUCCUCUUGGAGUGGUGCCGCUCAAAAACUAUUGGCUAUAAGAAUAUAGACAUCCAGAACUUCUCAUCAAGUUGGAGCGAUGGGAUGGCGUUCUGUGCCCUCGUUCAUUCUUUCUUCCCUUUGGAAUUUGACUUCAACAAACUGGAUCCUGCCAACCGUAAACACAACUUGGAGCUGGCCUUCAGCACAGCAGAACAGCAGGCUGACUGUCUCCGUCUGAUCGAGGUGGAGGACAUGAUGUUGAUGGGAGACAAGCCAGACCCCAUGUGUGUGUUCACAUACGUUCAGUCCCUCUACAGCCACCUGAAGACAUUUGAGUGACUGUAUCACAGCUCGCUGUUCACGGCGCUGGAACCUGUUCCCAUAUACCAUGCGGUGGAUGCAGAAUACACAUUAGACAUUUGCUGUCAAAACUAUAGUCAAUUUCCAGUUGUCAUUUAGGCUAAUAUGCAUGUCUUUAGACUGUGGGAGGAAACCUGAGUACCCACAGAGAACAAUUACCCACUUAGCAAGUUAAAAUAGGGCGAGACAGUGGACAUGCGAGAUUUAACAAGAACUGACAUGAUUUAAGUCACUGGAUAGAAACAAACACCUCAUGGGCUUGUUUUGUUAUCAUUCUUAUGCAUGGUCUCUCACUGACACAGCGAAUUGAAUUCAAGUCGGUUUUAUGAAAAUGCCCUAACUGCCACAAUACAUUCUUCCACACUG